UUUUUCAGAGCCGAUAGGUGCGAUUACAAAAGAAAAAAAACAAACAUCUGCAGUGACGGUGAUCUCCACUUAAAUAAUAACGUGUUGAACAUGGGUGUAGACCUACAAACGUAUCGUGGGAGGAUAGGCACGUUUAAAUGUACAUUUAGCAAAGAUGUCGUCAAAUCACAAUGUCAUAUUUACUUCAGUGACUCCAUCAAAUGCAUUGGUAGUUUUAUUUUUGUUGGUCUUUUGCUUGUUAUGGCGGGCAUUGAAUCAAAUCCUGGUCCUUGGACAAUUGUUCCUGAUGAUCUUCCGGAAACAAAAAGUGUGUUUGUUAGCGGUUUGCCGGAUGAUUUUGAAACAGAUUAUGUGGAGUUUACAUUUUCAAAAAGAUAUGGCAAGGUCACAGAUGUGAGAGUAGAUGCAGAUAGACGUGACACUCUUGUGAUAACAUUCCAAGACUCAGCUGGUUUGGAAAGUGUUAGAAAAGCCGAACCUAUAAAAAUUAACCAAAAUACGAUCGAUGUUCAACCUUUUUACGCAAAUGUCGUCAUAGUUCGGGGUCUUAGUUCGGAUUUAACAACACGAUGUUUUGAUGAGCUGCAGACCUUUUUGGAACAAGAAGCUGGUGGUGGGACUGUAAAUACUAUAACUCCAGACUGUGAAAACAACUGCGCCUAUGUGGUUUUCAAAAAUGAUGAAGGCGCUAAGACGGUCAUCAGGAAAGGUGCGUUGAUUUUUCAAAAGCAUAGUCUGACAGCUUCUUAUGUACAUGAGAAAAAUACUUACAUCACUGACUGUUCUCCUUCUGAUCAAAAGUUAGAGAUAGGAAGCGAUGAGGAAUCGGUUAGAAGUACACACUUUAACUACAUCCUGCAGAAAUGUGGACUAGAAAAAGAAUAUCCAAAUAAAAUAAAAGUGAGGGACGUUGUUGCAUUAGACUUAAUUAAAGAAGACUCGAAACAAAUGAUCAGUUACAAAGAUUUACCGUGGACGUUAUUAAGAGGUCUGAUCAACGUUAACUCAGAUGCUAGAGACCACACAAUGAAUGCGGAUGAAUCGAAACAAACUGAUGAUGACAUAUUAGAAAUUGAUGAUGACAGUAAUGACGAGUUAAGUCCACUAGAUGUUUUUCAUGUUGUUUUUCAGUGCUGUAAUUCUAUGUUACAAGAGUUGCUUUUUCAAAAACUGUAUCUAUGCAAACGUGCAGUUCCCUUUAUUCAUAUUAGAUAUCAGGAUAAUUUACCAUGUGCUGCUAUUUGGCCCUUAAGAUCUCUAAAAAUCCAUAGUAAACUAGAGAUUAGUGAACCCUCUUCCAAAUUUCUCGAAAUAGGAGUUUUAGAUAUUCCUUGUAAUGUUGUCACUGUUGCGCGGAUAGGACGCCCAGACUUUUCCAAAUCUACUCUGAUCAAUGAACUUCUCUCUGAUAAUGAAAAUAAGGUGUUUUAUAAUCAAGAUUGUAAUAAGGGAAAGACUAAACGCUUUUUAAGUGGAGGUUCUGUGGACAUGUUUUGGUUGCCAGUGGUGCCUGAUCGCUUUAUAUUUGAAAAGGCAAUUACAUUUUUAAACAUACGAGGUGAUUUUGAUGAGUCUCGUUCUGAUAACAUCAAAGAAUUUACAAUGGCUUUAACAGAUUGUUUAUUGAUUGUAUUGGAUAUCGAGACAAUCGUAAAUGAUAAACAUUCUUUCCAAUGUAUCCUUACAUAUUUUACUUCCCAUCGUAUCAUUCUUGUUAUUGUUGGACCCAUCAUAGGCAACAGCAAAAUAAAAUGCUUGAAAGAUUUGAAUGAUAAUUGGAAGAAAAAGGCAUUUGAUAUACGCCUGGUAUUCACACAUCCACAAACUGGGCCCAAAAACGUUUUAGAAAUUUCGAAAGAUGUGUCUUGCAAACUCAAAGCUCAGUUAGAGGGGUUCGAAGCUAAAUCGUUAGAAAAUAGAAUAUCUUCAAAAAGAAUGAUUAAAACCGACGAAGAAGACGAGCAUUGUUUAGCAGGGAGAAAAUACGCAGAGGAACUAUUUACUUCAUCAAAUAUUAAUUACGAUAUCAAACAACCACUGGAAAGGAUGAUAACACCUUUUUAUUCAUCAGCCUCAAAGGAACUUGGUAGUCUCAUGAAGUCACUCCAAAGGGCAAAGAAUGAAAAGGAACGUAGCAAACAUGUCAAAGCUAUUACAUGUACAAAGGAGGAUCAACUUAAACGUGUGCCGAACUUUGUUGUAGAAUUUACAAAAUGUUUAUCAAAGUUAUAUGCGGACCAGCUACGAAUUUAUUUUUUUCUCAGUUGGAUAAACAUAUUUUUUCAAAAGAAAGGUAAAGCUUGGCACAUGCCUGUUGAAGAUACAUUUAAGUAUGAUUAUAUUUUAAGAGAAAUCGGCUAUAUCUAUGAUGCUUUGAUAUCUUUACGAAAGAAUCCUGAAGAUUAUGAAUUACCGCCUCCAAAACAGAUAGCUGAAACCUUUUCAACACUUUUUAUUGAUGGAUAUCCACUUGAAUUGAUUGAAGGAGACAACUUUUAUUUACCUUCUGAAUGGAUAAACUUAGUUCUAGGGUCGGUAUCAAAAACCACAAAGGGAUCAAAAAUUUUGUCUCUUUCCAUUCUUGGUGUUCAAAGCUCGGGAAAGUCUACAUUCCUGAAUACGAUGUUUGGUUCGCAGUUUUCUGCGAGCUCAGGUCGUUGUACAAGAGGUAUUCAUAUGCAACUUAUUCCAGUAAAUUCGAAACCUAUAUCUUCUUUAUCACCAUUCGAUUCUGUUUUAGUUCUCGAUACAGAGGGUUUAAGGGCACCAGAACUUUAUAAUGGAAUGUACGAGCAUGAUAACGAAUUAGCGACAAUAGUAACUGGUAUCGGAGAUAUAUCAAUGAUUAAUAUAUUGGGUGAAAAUGCUGGAGAAAUUCAUGAAGUUCUUCAGGUAAUUGUUCAUGCCUUCUUAAGACUUAAAAUUGCUAAUGAAAAUUUAGAUAUUUUUAAAUGUUGUUAUUUUAUACAUCAAAAUGUUACAGGUGCGACAGCAAGAGAGAAAAGGGAACAAGCAUUAAAAAAAUUAACAACAUCUCUAGAUAUUGCAACAAAAGAAGCUGCUGAUCUUCAAGGCAUAACUGAUUUAAACUCUUUCAACGACAUAAUUGAAUUUGAAAUGUCUUCCGGUGUGUGGUAUUUGUCAAAUUUAUGGCAAGGAAUAUUCCCAAUGGCUUCUGUUAAUACUGAAUAUAGUUCGCAAGUACGCUGCUUUCGCAAAGAACUCCUUGAAAAGGCUUUAGAAAUAAGGCAUAAAUCUUAUAAAUCAAUAACAGAAAUAGCACUUCACAUAAAUGAAUUAUGGAAAGGUGUAUUAAGUGAAGAUUUUCUGUUUUCUUUUCGUAGUAAUCUAGAACUUAAAGCACAUGUUCAAUUAUCAGAAGAGAUGGAUAGACACAAAUUUGAAAUGGAAAAUAUUAUGCAUCAAACCGUUACUGAUCUAUUUCGAAAUCAAGAUUCAGUUCAGAUUGAAGAUGAUUGUUUAUAUUCCCCAAAUAAAUUUAAUGAAUCACUUCGUGCAAAAUUAAAUGAGGAAGAAAGUGCAUUUCUGAACAAAAUAUGUGAAUACUUUGAAGCUAGCGAAUACAGAAAAAUCAUUUACCCGUGGAAAGAUGGAACGCUUGAAUGUUUCAAAAUGUUUUGUAGACAAUUACUUGAUCAAAGCAGAUUUGAAUGUCUUAAGAUGUAUGAAAAUAUGAAAGUUUAUAAAUGGACUCAGAAAAUUGACAAUGUUCUCAAAGACAGACUUUUUGCAGAGUCUGUUAAGUUAGCACAAAAAAUGAGAGAAACAGACUUCAAGCCAGAUGAUAAAAAUAUACGUAAGAGAUUUAAUGAGAUUUGGGAGUUAUUUUCAACACCAUAUUUGUCCGAAAGCUUGAAACAAAAUGAUAUAGAAUUAAGUGAAAUUUUCAAAAACGCCUUGUACGACAUUUUUAGCAAUGAUAAGGCCUUACUAAGACCACAUCUUGAAAAAAAGGAUUUCACGUACCUUGAAACUAAGUUGAAAGGCACAUUUGAUGAUUUAGAUAUCAGACAAACUGGUAGGAUCAGGGUCAGAUUUUUAAAUGAUAUCGUCCGAAAGAUAUCAGGAUCCGAAAUAACAGUCAUUAAAGAGCAUAUUGAACAACUGUUUGAUCGUAUUGACACGAAGUUAAAAUUUUAUUGCUUGGAGGAAACAAAUAUUACAAAGCAAGCUGUAAGACAUUUUCUAAGCGAAAUCAAAGACAUGAUGACACGAUUUAAGACAGAAAAUGUGCUAAAAUUUCAUCUGGAUAAAACAAUGUCUAUACAAAUCUUCAUUCAUAUAAGUCGAAGAACUAUGUAUCUUUUUGAAAAACAACAACAGAGGUUCGUAGAAACAAUACAGUCACGUGUUACAGAACUUAAGUUCCAAGCAGAGAAAUUCUUUUUCUCGUCUCUUGAUGAGCGUAAAAAGAAAGAACAAGCAUUAUUAGAAAUGAAACGUAUUUUCACUACUUCUUGCCGAGAAACAGUGGAAAUAAGCUUAGCAAUUUCAGUUAAAAAAGAACUGAAUAAAAAACUUCCAACAUCAAAAGUUGUUAUUUUGAGGGAAGCCAUGAAGAGUUUAGUAGAAAGUAGCAAAUUUGAAUGCUUUCAGGAGUACAUUAAUUGCCCAAAUAUGUACCUCGAAAAAUGGAUAUCCAAAAAGGUCACACAUAUUUUUGCUAGCGGUAAAGAUUCAAAACAAGAUAUUUAUUUCAAAGCAGCAAGUGAAUUGAUUCAAAUUCAAGUGCAAAAAAUAAGACAAGCUGUACAGAAGUCUCCAUGUGACUCAGUUGACAGUUAUGUCGAAGGUUUGAUUGAAAACCUAAAAUCAGAAGGCAUAAUUAUUGAUAGUCUAAACUCAGUAAAACAAAGUCUCAACAACCAGAAUAAUGCCGAUUUAGAAAGUUUCAAGGAUAGCUUGAUUACAAAUCUAGUUGAGAUUGAAUCUAGUUUAACAGAGCAAUUUGCUUAUGUGGACCUAAAUGAUGUAAAAUGGAGAGGUCUUAAUCCUAUACUUGAAAUAAUAAAGAAAGCUACAGGUUGUCCUGAACAGUGUCCUUAUUGUGCAGAGCCAUGUAUUCUAGAUUUAAAUCAUGAUAGAAAACAUGUUUGUUUCCGCCACAAACCAAAAGGUUGCAGAGGAAUUCAUACACUUGGAUGGAAGAGUAUAAUAUUGUCUACUUGCAGCCUUGAUGUCAAGUCUUCAAAAAAACAUAGUUGUGAAGUAUUUAGUUUUAAGUGUAACGAAGGUGAAGAACGUGCAUGCCCUAAACAAUUUCAUAGCUACAGCCAUUACAAAAAACACUUUCCAUCUUGGGACAUAGGCACAUCGGACACAACGGAUAAUUGUACAAUAUGGAAAUGGUAUAUUGUAAAGUUUAGAAAAGAAUUGUAUGACAAAGGGCUAGAUUUAAGUAGAAUUCCUUUAGCUUGGGCAGACAUUACCGUUAGUGAUGUAUUGCUAAGUCUAGAGGUUAUCGACUAUUCAACUUGAGAAAAUUAAAAAUUAAAGAAUGUUUUAUCAAAAUAAAAGUCACUCAUUUAAACGUGAGAGGAAAUGCAUUCUUGUGUAUCAAAUCAUCAUAUAGCUGCAAAUCUAUGUAAAGUCAAGUGUUCCCAAUUUUUGAAUAAUUCAAUUCUUCCAUUUGUAAUGGUCUCUCAGAUACAACCACAUAUUUCGAGCGAUUCUCAGUAAAUGAGCAUACAUAUUAAAGUUAUGUUAAUUAUGUUUCAACCUUCAAAUGCUUGUAACGGGUGUCUAUGGAAUUCGUUUACUAGUAUCUUUGAGAUAUAUGUUAUGUAUUUAUUCUUAUGUUACUAACAAUGACUUUUGUUUUGUUUAAGCAAUAUAACAUGUGGUUAAAAUACCUUUUAUGUACUUAGUGAAGAAAAAAUCCGUAUCAUAACGAAAAUCAUAUCCUGCAUCUUAAAGUACUGCACCUGUAAACAUUUCAUUACGUACGGGUUAUAAAUCAAGUAAUAUUAGAAUUUAUCUUUCGAAAUUUAAUUUUACAUGUUAUAUUUAUCUUUACUAGUGUUUGAUUAUGAUGUUUUUAUUAUGCUUUUCUUUUGUUCUUUUUUUCUAUCUUUCUUGUGUUUUUGGGAGGUCGCUUUUUUUUUGGAAAUUUUCUAAAUAUUAACUGGAAUAUCAAAAUGUUCAAAAUAUGUUAUAUCCCCACUGAAAGUCCUCAAUAAUUUCACACGAAUUUCACAUAAAUACACGAGGUCUUGAGGUGAAAAAUAAUAUUUAUUAUAUUCAAAAAUUGUUAAUGAUCGCUUCUUAAAUAAAAAAAACACUUUUCGUAGAAGAAAAAGUUACAUAAUCCGACCUUAUUUCCGUUAUUUUCGGCUGAAGUUUAUAUUAGACAUAAGCGGCAGCCAUUUGUUGUGAAUUUUAUGUGAGGAAAAUAAUUGUAUUUGAUUCGAGGGGAUUUAAUUUAUAUUUGUAACUGAUACAUCUAUUUAUGAGAAAGAAAACCUAUUUGAAAAUUUUAAAAGACAUAAAUAAUUGUUGACAGACGUGUAAACAUUCAAAAAGCGACUAAUAAUUUGGAAAACAUGUAAAUGUUGAAAAGCUGCCCUACAAUACUUGGUUGUUUACUUAUUCUUCGGGCUAGUGACUGUCAUUGGUAUUCAUUUUGCAUAAGCCAGUUAUUGCUCCUAGGAUAUUUAAAUAUGCCAAAAUGUCAUCAAGAGCAGUUUUGCAUGUAGGGGUUAGUGUUGCUUUUUUUCUUUCAGGCUGUAAAAAUAAAAUAAAAAUAUAGAGACGAUAUUUGAUGGUUGGUAAUUUAAACGAAUUCAAGUAAGAUUUUUUUCUUUUGAGUACUUUUGAAAUUUAAGAUUCACUUUGGCGUUUGUGUAAACAGCCCUAACAAUGUCAGAAUUGUAACCAAAAUAAACAGUAAGUACCACAUAGAGAAAAUCUUUAAAAAGUAGUCUCGUCAUUGAAAGUGGUGAAAUUAUAUUUUGAUAAUUUUCACUGUGAAAUUAUCAAAUAUAAUUUUCACGGAUAAAUCAGUAAUCCACUCAAAACCAUAAGAUAAAAACAUUUAUUUUUUGUCGUACAGAGAUCCAUUUUGAUAUUUAAAAAUAUUUUUGGCAUGGACUUACAUAACAGAUCGUCGACUACAUGAGUUUGGUACUUUUGGCAAGAAAACGAGCAUCAUUUUAUCAUGGAAUGAAAAUAAUAGGAUGAACUUAGGAAUAAAUAUAUACAAUGUAUUAUCAAACAAUUGGCCACAGCCGAAUAUGUACACAUUUAUAGACUUAUCGAUAAACGAUGGCCAGGUGAUAGUGAGCAUGCUUGGAAUUUUCAUGCACAAUGCCUUCAAAUAAGUAACAAAACAUUAUCUGGUAAAAUGUACAUGUUUUAUAAGUAUUAUCAAGAUUUAUUAUUCAGGCAUUUUUUAUUUAAUCAAUGAAUUUUUACUUUAUCGUGUAAUACAGUAAUAACUAUUAAUGUUGUUUUGUGUUACGGUGUCUUUCAUAUAUGUAUAAAGCUUAAAAAAUUCAAUCACAUAUAUAAAGUAAUAGAAAAUUCGCCAUGUAUCUUAUCUUAAUAUAAUGUUAUCUCAAGUCACUUUCAUGAUUCAUUUCAUAGAAAUGUUGACUUUCAACCUGGAAUUGCAUAACAUGAAAUAUAGUUCGAAAUAUGUCACAAUUGACCUUCUCUAAGCCCCUUUACAUGUCUUUAACCAUUUUUAUCAUAUUUCAAGUUACAGACUUAUGUGAAUUCUUUCUUUAUGUUGUUUUAUACUACAAAUUUAGCUUUUUUAUGGAUGAAAUCAAUUAAAGUUCAGACCCAAACAUGUAUAUAUACAAUGUAUAUAUCAUAUAUCAUUUUUCAUGUGUUGCAAAAUUAUCAUAUCAUUUUUGCAUGGAUAAAAAGAAUUUAAAUGAAUUUCGAAUUCUGAACCAUUUGAAGUGUUGAAUAAAAACUAAUUGAUUUUUAUUUUAAAAAAGAUUCCUUUAUUAUACAUAUCCCAUUCCUUUUUGUGUAUCAAAUAAUAUUUUUAUGGAUGAAAACACAUAGCUAUUUUCAUAACGUAACAAUAUCAUUAAUAAUUAAUUUCUUUUAAAUGUAUCAUUUGUUAUUUGUAAAAUUAUCACUUCAGCAAUUUUACAUUGAAUAAAAGUGAUUUUAUAACUUACAAAUUUAUUUACGUAAUCUUUUGUAUGUUUACAUGUUUGAUUUGCUCAUGUUUGUGUAUGAUAUACAAACUGAGUGUUAUUGUAAAUAAAAAUUGAAAUUGAAAUAUAUUCAAAAGUUCAAUAAGAGAAUACAUUUUUGAGAUGAUGUAGGUGAGUCUCAUUCAUGUGAUACUUUUUGUUUCAUAAAUGCCCUCUUUUAUUUGUACUUUGAUCUGUGGUCAAUGAAAUUGAAAGCAGAGUCGUAACUAGGGGUCGCAAAUUGGAUCACCCACUUGAUCACUUAUGACACUAAUAGUUUUGUGAUAAGGCCUUAUAAACCAAGGCCACAUUUAUCGGUAUUUCACACCUGGCAUGUAAAAUAACGAGAGUCGACUCUGGAACAGAGCAGCUGUUGUAAAUAUUCAUAAUGCACCAACUAAUUCUGGUGCCUUAAUAUGUACAACCGAACCGCCAAAUUAAAUACUGGACGUAAUUUCUUUAAUUCAUUCAUUUAUCAUUUUAUACGAUGCUAACUGACCCUGUGACACUUGAUACUAUCCUGCUUUAUGUUUCUUAUCAAUAUGUUGCAUGUGAGUAAAAUGUAAAUUGUGUUAGGUUAACUUGUUUUAAACCACGUUGAUUUAAAUAUUUGUUAUAUGCUUAUAUAAUGUACAAAUUUGAUCAUGAUUUAAAUAUAUGUAAAAUAAUCAUUAAAAUACAUGUAUGUUACAACCUGAUAAUUUGUUACACAUUUCUUAUAAAUAAAUCACUUAUCAAAUCA